AUGACUCGCAGCCACAAUAUACUGCCAUGGCUGUUGGCUGGCAUAUGUGGCAUCGCAGCGUAUGAGGUGCCAUUCACUGAUUCGGACUAUUCCCCGCAAAUAUGCAGUGGCAUGUUUGGCGGGUCGAAUGCCUUCAUAAAUGUUUCUUUCGAUGCUACAUCUCAAGGACAGGUCGCUAUGGUCAUCUAUGAGUGGAAGGAUGUUGGUAUGCUUGGAAAAAUAACCUCGUAUAUCGAUGACACGCUCCCAAAGACCUAUGUAUGUACAGACGACGCUGUUAAAGCAGGAUUCUGCGACAGCGAUAAUGAGGGAAAAUUCAUCAUUGACCUUCCGGAGGGCAAAUCAUUAAACGAGACGAGUUUCUGGACAGCACGAGUCGGGUUUCCGUCGGACAGCGCAAACACUACUACUGCAGACGUACUUUGGUAUAACGAACCCAUACAAUAUCCUGUCCGUAAGACAGGAUUCUACUGUGUCGGAAUCGUGCCGUUUACUGUCCUCCGGGACGAACGCAAUGUGAUGGAGCGACAGUCUGAUACAGAUGUGCCGUUCCAUCCGCCAUAUAGUGGCGUCGUCCUCUUCAAGAACACAUUUGAUGGCAAUUUACCUGCUUCGGACUAUCCGAAAGUUAACUUCUAUUUUGCAAUGCUGUUAGCUUAUGUGGUCAUGGCUGGAGCUUGGGGUUGGCUUUGCUACCGUUACAAGGAGGAACUUCUUCCAAUUCAGUACUACUUGUCCAGCCUUAUUGGACUGUUGGUUAUCGAAAUGAUGGCAAAUUUCGGCUACUACAGGUACCUUAACGCACACGGGAGGAGUACAGCUUCGACAGCCUUCCUGAUCGUGGUAGCUAUUCUGGACGCAGGGAGGAACGCACUUUCGUUCUUCCUACUGCUAGUGGUAUCACUCGGUCUAAGCGUUGUCCGCGAAUCACUCGGAAGGACAAUGUUGAAAUGCAAAUUGCUCGCCGGAGCUCAUUUCAUUUUCGGAGUUCUGUAUGCCGUUGGCAUCGUUGAGCUUAUCCUAGAAUCAACUUCAGCUCUCGUUCUACUUUUGUUCGUCAUCCCACUCGCGUUUACCUUGAGCGCGUUUUUGCUCUGGAUCAUGUACGCUCUUAACGGAACAAUUGCUCAGUUGAAAGCCCGAAAGCAGCGAUACAAACUGUCCAUGUUCACGAAACUACAUAGGAUCCUGUUGGGAGUUGUAUUAGUUAUUUCAAUAUUCUUCGUCGUUUCUUCAUUAUCGUUCUCGAAUCGCUUGGCUGAAGACUUUGCUGCAAAUACAUGGAAGGUGCAAUGGUGGCUUCUUGAUGGCUGGCUUUCUCUCCUCUACUUCGCAGCCUUCGCCGGCAUCUGCUACCUCUGGCGUCCAACAGCACACAACAGACGACUAGCAAUGUCCGAAGAGCUCGCACAAGAAGACGAAGACGCGGAGGACUACGACCUCGAAGCUAUCGAAUCACGUACGCGAACCAGGGACGACGAUGACGACGCAACGCUCGUCGGUGGACGUCGAGGUCCUGGGUCAAUGAUGGGCGUUGGUGAAGACGAGGUGGUGUUUGAAAUCGGUGACCAUGACGAGGACGAUGAGCCUAAGACGGGUGAUAGUAGGAAACCACACACUGAUCAGCAUGUGCAAGAUGAUCGGGGAGAUGCGCAUGAGGAUGAAGGAGAGAGACAUGGGUUGAUAGGAGGGAACACUCAGAGAGAUCGGAGUGACUAGACUAUCGUACUACAGUGGCAAAAUUCACCUUACAUGUUCGUAUUUAAGCCAAUUUUUUCGUUUCUUUCUUACGAGAUUUCAUCAUAAUCACUACAAAUUACAAUUCUAC